ACCACUUCCUUUCCUAUGAAAGGGGCAACAAAGACAAAAAUGUGAACUCUUCUUCAGCUUUGAAAACUUAAGCCAGACGGCUGGGGCUGGUGUCUGUGUCAGACAAGUAUGAAGUCAGGAGUUUUAACAUUCUGUCUCCUCUGCUUUCAGCUGGAAGCUCUCUGUGGAACUGAAUGCUGUUCAUCACAUCGACUAUGCAAAAAUAUAGAAGAAUCUACUGUCUCUGACCUCCAGGUGACAGUUGAAUUUCACAAUGGGAUCUUCAAAUUCAACUUCGGCGACCCUAUAAAUGUUACUGAAUUCAGCCUGACACUGAUGAAAGGGCACGAGAGGCAGGUCAUCUGUGCAUUCCACAUGCAGAAUGGGAUGUCAAUACCUGAAACUAAUAACAGCUACUGUGAGCCGGUGCACUCUGGCAAUAGCACAUCCUUCAUUCUCAAAAAUUUGGAAAGCAGGCACACCGGCAUUUAUCUCUGCUGCCUGGAAAUCCUUUUACCUGCUCCCUACAUAGACUGUAGGGUAAACGAAACCUAUUUGUAUAUCCAUGACUCAGAAACCUGCUUUGUAUCAGAAAUGAUGUCAUGGAUGCUUAUUGGGAUCACUGCAUUUUCCAUGGUUUCCUGUAUCUGCUGCAUAGUAGCCUGUUGCUUAAGAAAGAAGACACAGCAAUGUGAAUCCAACUCCCAUGAGUUCAACAGUGAAUAUAUGCCCAUGGCAGCAGUGAAUGCAGCUAGAAAACCAGCGUUCUAAGGUGUGAACUUGCAAGUAGGUCACCUGUGGCACAGGAAGUUUCCUGGAACCUUCAGCCUCCGGCCACUUGAAAUGUCAGUUUCACAGCCAAAGAGAUUUUUCCAGCCUGAACUCACACGAUACUGAUCUGCUCAACAAUGAGACAUUAGCUCUAGAGUUAUUUCCAGUCGUGUUUUGCUCCAGAUAUUCCGUGUUAACCUGGGCAUGGCCAAAUCCAUUGACUGCACAUCAAGUGUGACAACAUAAAAAAAAAAAAUCUUGUAGUUGAAAAAUGUAGAAUGUUUCCUUGCCAAGGAUAUUGCUGCAGUGCUACAUAGGGCAACUAUGUUAUACCUUCUGCAGAAGGUUUCUUCUAUACUACCUCCACAGCCCACUCCAGAAGCAUGGCCGGCAACAGCAGCCAUUUUACUGCACAUAUUACUGCUUUGUUAUGACCAGUUUAGCAAGAUUGGUCUUCACACUUCUUAACAGCACCACACUAGGAUACUUCAGUGUAUAUAUACAUUCUGUCCCUUGGAUGGGGACUCCAGACAAUAGAGAAACAAUGGAAGGAGAGUAUAAUGUACUUUCUAGUGUCAUCUAGAAUCUCAGUUAUUGUGCAUCUUUUUUUUAGUUUUUUGGAUUCUCACUACAUCUUCACAACCCAGACUGCAGGGAUCCUCUUUUCCAUGUAGAGCUAGGGAAAUUACAGAGUUUUUUUCUAGAAGAACAAAAUUCUUCCAGUAUACAUUUUAUAUAUUAAAAUCCCGAGACUGUGGCUCUUAAUUACAUAAGUAAGGGCGGCAGGAUCAGUCUCUACAUGAGAAAGCAAGGCACAGCCUCCUUAUCCCAUCCCUUUGUUUAUCUGUAUUACAGCACAUACGUGGUAAGGUACAAAAGACCAGAAUAUUCAAGAGUCCUUCAUCACCUAGAAACAGAGGAAGAUGAAGUUUCAGUCUUAACUUGGCACUACCUUGCUUUCGUGGCUUUGCAUCAGACCUUUAUCAUUUCCCCUAGAGCAGCUCAAAGCCUCAAUCACCUUCAGAGUCUAUUGAUAGUAUGCGUUAAAUGGCCCACUGGGAAUCAAACCUGAAUAUCCUGCCAGGCAUUGCAUAGCACAUCACUGUUCAGUUACUCUAAAAUUAGAGCAUCAUAUUAAAACCAAUGUCUCUAAUUCAUUUACGGAGCAGAAAUACUGGUAAGAAAUAUUUCCGUUCUCUAUCAGACAGAAAGCCAAGUGGCUUCUGCCAUCAGGGACAGUUAGCCUUAGAAAGGAGGCAGUGAGUAUCUCAUAAGGGCUUCUCCACAACAACGGACCCCGAAUGAGGUGGUUUUGCAGACAAGGGCUGAAAGUCCCCAGCCGAGCUGACCUACCUUCAGACAAGUACAUAGAGUCAAAGAGAAUCAACAAAUAAUAAUGAAUAAAUAAUAAAUAACAAACCAGACUGUCUGUGGCUAGGGCACUACACUGGAACUCAGGUCUGGGUGCUAGUGCUGGCUCUGCUACUGGCCUGCCAGGUGACUUCAGGACUUCCCCUUUCUGUACAAUGGGGAUAAUGAAACUGCCUUCCUUGGUAAACCACUUGAAGAUCUACUGAUGAAAGAUGCUAGAGAACAAUCCCUAGCUCUUACUUAUCCGUGAGAUGUGCUGGCUAUGAGAGCCCUGUGUAACACCUGUGAGUCCAAAGGAACCUAUUACUAGACUGAGAAGGAGUCUCAUGAAACUGCAAGUUCCCAAGAGAAACCAGAGGUUGUCUCUGAGGUAUUUUCUGAUAAUAGACAAGGUGUGAGUCUGCCCCAAGUGGUUCAGGGGAAAAAAAUCACUGAGUUCUAAAAAUGUCACAUUUUCAUACCCUGUUACAGAAACGAGCCUCUCUAGAUGAGCUUGGUCUAGUCUAAAACUUUGCUAUUUCUUUGUUUUAUAUGAGAUCUCUCUGCUCUUAAUAAAUCUGGUUUUUAUUACA